UUUAAACAAUUUCUAAGUACUAAAUUAAAUAAGAAUACAUAGCUCCAGCCAUAAUGGUACACCUAACUUCCUGGUUAUGGCUGAAUUCUAAGAAAGUCCUGUAACUGUUGAUAUAGAUAAGUUAUCAACACCACAAGAACAUAUAAUCACCACUUGGACCAUGAGACAACAUAGUGUUCAAUGAUACAAGAUGGCUUAAAACUAAACAAUAUAGAAGAUAUUGAAAGAUGACAUAAACUUGAAGUUCACCAAAGUCAAGCUGCCCCACCUAGAAGUAAUAACAAUCUAUAGUUAACGAACUGAAACAACAGAGAUGUUCUAAACAACUUCAUACACACAAAUGUACAAAGGGUAUCAUUAUGUUCUUACUUGAAACAGUUUUAAUUCAGGUGUAUGAAAGGAAUGAGUUAAAUUUGAGAAUUUUAAGAAUCUGCGUAUUUAAGACAUUAUGACGUGAUGGAAAACAACAAGACACUAGGAUUCAUAUAUGACUUGUUAGUGUUUUUAUUGCUUCAAAAAUAUAUCACAUGUGCAAUUUAUAGCGUUGAACAUCGUCAAAAUGCUGCAACAAAUGUGAUUGAAACACAUAACCGCAAAAAUGUGACAGCUGAUCUGAAUAACACUAGGAUUGAACAUGUACACAAAAAUGUCUGUAUUUUUGAUGAGCUGCUAAAUACAAUCAAUUGUGACAAUCUGGCUUUAAAAACAUUUCCUGAUUUACCAACAUCAGUUAAUGGCAUAUCAGUAAGAAAUAACCCUAUUACUUAUAUUCCUCCAUUGAAGAAAUACUCAAAAUUAACAUAUUUGGAUAUUUCGAAUACAAGCAUUACUAGCCUGGACAAGGAAGUCUUUACUGGACUCAUUAAUCUACAGGUGCUACAUAUAAGACAAUGUUCAAUGCUACAACAUAUAACAUCAGAUAUAUUCACAUCACUAACAAACUUGAAAACAUUAGCAUUCUCAGAUUCAUUCCGGCUGCUGUUGGACAAAGGAUUUGAAGCCAUAGACAGUUUACCCAAUGGGACUUUAGAGCAUGCUUUCUUGGAUAAUAUGAACUUUUUGGUUAAUUCAGGAAUUUACCAAAUAAGGAAUGAAAAACUUCAAGUCUUAAAGAGGCACAAUAUUAAAACUCUUUCAUUAUAUUGGAACCAUAUAAUAAGCCUAGAACCAGGAUUCUCAGAUUUCAUACCAAAUGUUGAACACUUGAACAUUGGAUUUAAUUUCUUCGUUUACAUCGACCCAAACCAACGCCUGACAUUACUUUUGAAUUUUCUAUCUCUGCAGAAGAUGCGGUUGUUUGAUGCGUCUUUCAACGUCCAUGGUCACAUAGGGCCUGGGAGAAUUGAUGUCCAUUUAGAUGGAAACCAAUGUAUGCCUGUUCCUAUUGGACUAGAAUUAGUAUUUUUCAGCCACUCAACCUGGUACCGCCACUUCAUUGAUAUCAACAAUUUUUUGUUUUGUCGCAACAACAUCCGUGAAUUACACCUGAGUGACACGAAUGUGGGGUCAGUGAGAGGUCACUUUGUUAAUCUGACCCAUCUUGAGUACUUCAAUUUUCAAAAUGGAGAUACAACGAUGGUGACACAUGAUGUAUUUGACUGCAAACACUGGCCAAACAUAAGGACAUUACUUAUGGGAGGAAACAACCUGUAUCAAGUAUUUAACCAAACAGACAAUACCUAUAAUCAUUUCAAGUCAUGCCACCACCUCAAUGUGAUAGACCUUGCAGAUAGCCACAUAGAUAAACUCUCUAAGGAUUCUUUCAUAGAUGCAGCCUAUCUCAGAGAAGUGAAUGUCAGCCAGAAUAAUCUUGUCAUAUUUGACGUGAACCUCUCUAAUAACUACAGAUUGGAGCUUCUUAAUGUCUCUAACAACAUGAUCAGCAGAUUGAGUGAAGAUUUCACUGAAAUAUUAGACAGAAUAAACUCAGGAUUAAAGAAAAAUUCAACUGCAAGAAGCAAUAAACGUUUAAUUGUUGAUAUGUUGAAUAAUCCAUUAAUCUGCAGUUGCGAAACUGUCGACUUCAUAGAAUGGUGCCAAACAACCAAUGUGACUCUUAACGAUUUGGAAAAAUAUACCUGCAUUUAUCAUGGAAAAAGGAUGCUCCUUCUGGAUAUAGAUGUACAUGAUCUCAGAAUUAAAUGCCAUAUGCCACUCAUAAUCGCCAUAACUGUGACGUCACUAACUACAAUUCUCAUUCUUAUAGUAACACUGGUAAUAUAUAAGAAAAGAUGGCGCCUCCAAUAUUAUGCGCUCCUUGCCAAGCAAUCAGUAAGGAAAGCUUUAAGAAGCAAACAAAAUCAUAAUCAAACAUAUAAAUAUGAUGCAUUUGUGUCAUACAGUGCUAAUGAUGAUGAAUGGGUGCUUAGAAAUCUUCAUUCUGUGAUGGAAGGAGAGCAUGGUUUGAAACUAUGUCUUCAUCAACGAGACUUCACUCCGGGAAAUGACAUUCAAGAUAACAUUGUCGUGAGCAUUGAAGAAAGUCAUAAGGCGGUUCUCGUUAUCUCAAAUAAUUUCUUGCAGAGUAAAUGGUGUUACUUUGAGCUUCAAAUGGCUAGAAACAAACUUUUGGAUAGCACGACAGAUAUUGUAGUGUUAAUAUUAUUAGAUGAACCAGCCAGACUUGCCAGAGAGUUAGUCACCCCAACAUUACGCAGUCUUCUGGCUACAAAGACAUAUUUAAAGGCACCUAGGUUUCCAGAAGAAGAAGACUUAUUUUGGCUUAAACUGAAGGAAACCAUUAUGAAGGACAUACAGAGAACCAUUUAAUUGUGUGUUUCCAAAUAACCUCAUCAUCAGAGCUGUUUUAAUGAGUGCAUUCCUUCUCUGCAAACUUUCUUGGAGUAUCUGUUCCACAUACCUAAAAUGCAUGUCAUUUUUCAUUUGAUAUGUAAAGAAGCAACUCAUGAACAAUUAGAAAUCCUAUGUGAAUCAAGUGUCUGCAGAGGCAAGAAAGGUGGCAUGUCCAUACCGGACAAAACGUUUGGACAUUGUACUGUCUCUUUAAGGUUUUCAAGUUGCUAUUUUUCAAACCUUGCCCUUUGUUAUAUAGGCUUCAUCAGUAAUAUGUCAUAAGAAUGCCUAGAACAAUGUCUUGAAAGUCUUACAUAUACAUCAUUUUCAAAUCCGAAUUAUGUCCGAACUAUAUUGUAAUUUAUGUUCUUAUGACUAAGACUCUAUAAGCAUGGUUAAUAACAUAUUUUCACACUUUGGAGUUACAUUCUUACAGAUCAAUAAAAAUUCUUGCCCAUUUCUAGAUGAUAACAAUACUAAGUGAACAAUUCAAGGUGCUAUAACAAUUGUUAAGACCAGGAUAAUUAGAAGCAAGAAAAUAGAAUUAAGAAACAUAAAAGUGAUGUAUGGGUUCUCUUUAAUUUCUGUUCUAGCAUGAUGCACAUAGAAGAGCGAUUAUGUGAGUAGACUAGAUCCUAUGAGGCCUAUAGUGGCAGAAAAUCAAUAGAAUAAAUACAAAUAUAUAUGAAUUCCCUUUGCAUCAUCGGAAUCGUCUCACAAAAUAGUUCACAAAUCAAAAAUCAAUGAUAUAACAUAGAGGUAUACACCUUUGGACAUGAUAAGUACCUUAUAUGUGAUAGGCAUGAAUCAUUAAAUUUAUAUAAUCAAUGAUUAAAGGAUUGAUUCAUCAUUCUUGUUAAGAGAUAUUCUUGUUUCCCUGAAUACUGCAAAAUAUUGUCAGUCUGCCACUAGUGCAGCUGUAUACAAGAUUGUGUCUGAGCUGAGCUGACUAACAACACAAGAGCUGAAGAUCCAUUUCCUAUUAUAAUGAUCAUUGAUUCUUUCCAGAGCCAGUUGCUUAAAAGCUGAGUGGCUUUCUUCAAUUUAGAAAUACAUAAGAUAUG